AUGUCGAUAGCUAUCAUCCAAGGAGCUUCAGGCUCACUAGGUUCAGCCCUCGCUCGAUAUAUCCUGAAAAACACAAACUUAUCGGUAUACGCUCUAACACAUCGACCGAGAUCUGGGGAAGGGGACUUAUCCUCUAAGCUUCUUGAAGGCGAUAUCAAAGGUAAAGGAAAGGAGAGGCUGAGUGUUGUUGGGGGUGUGGAUGUACGUAAUGAAGAUGGUUUAGCCAGAGCGGCUGAGAUUGUAAGAGGUAGAGAAGGACAGGGGAGAGUGAGGUUGAUAGCUUGUAUGGCAGGUGUGCUACAUCCCGAAAAAUCCUUAUCGUCCAUCGACCCUUCACUCGCACUUGAACAAUUCCAAAUAAACACUCUAGGUCAUAUAUUGACUUACAAACAUUUCAUACCCCUCAUUCCUACCAAGAAGCAAUUUGAUAAAUUGCGUUCAUCCCCUGAAUGGCAAGACGGUGAAGAUCCUGCUCAGGGGCUGAUAGGAAAGGAGAAUAGUCUGUGUUGGUCUAUGAGUGCUAGAGUUGGUAGUAUAGGGGAUAAUCAUCGUGGAGGAUGGUAUUCUUACAGAGCCUCAAAAGCAGCUACGAACCAACUGAUCCGCACUCUGGAUCACGAACUGAUCAACAAGAAUUCCUCAGCUGUAGCAGUAGGCUACCAUCCUGGAACAGUCAUCACGUCAUUUACGAAACCCGUCUUGGGUGAGAACAUCAAGCCUGACCCCGAGCAUGGGAGGUUUGACAUUGAUCAGGCUAUCGAUAAGAUGACAGGCGUCAUGGGACGGGUGAAGAGGGGAGAUGAGGGGAAGAAGUGGGAAGGGAGGUGUUGGGAUUGGAGGGGUGAUAGAAUUGAGUGGUGA